CAUGUGCGCUCGCUGGAUAGCGAGCGUCAACUGAACUGUUAUUAACGCGUCAAUAAUAUUCCACUUUUUGUCGCGUUUCCCGGCGUUUCCCGGCGGGACAGCAUGGACUCGACGGAGGACGAGACUCUGCUGUUUUUAAUCUACCAGCACCUGAAGGUGACGGGCUUCUGCAAAGCUGCCCAGGUGCUGGAACAACACGUAACACAGGUGGAGACACCAGAGGAGAGCUCAAACCUGCACGAUAUCUACACCGGAUGGAUGAAGCUGUGCUCGCUGGCCAAGCAGGAGACGGACGACCCUGGAAAUGUGAAGAAGAAGACCAUCAAACCGGAACCUUCCACCAGCGAGGAGGAGGAGACCUCAGACACCAGACCCUCCAAAGUCACAGUAGAAGAGGAAGCAGAUGACAAACGUCUCCUCGAGUGCAAGACAGAUGUUGGUGAGUCAUUGCAUGCAGGGAGCAACGCUGAGCCCGUCUCCGAGCAGCCGCUGGACGCCGCUGAUAAAACCCAAACAAGCCAGUUGAACAGCCAGAAAUCCGACUCCUCUGAUAGCGAGGGAGAAGAAGACACGAUAAAGGAGGAGCAGACGAACCUGGAGCAGGAGCCAGCGUCUGAAGCAGCGUCUGAGGCGUCAAACGGGGAGAAAAGCUGCAGCUCAGACGCCCCAGACUCCUCAGAAAAGCCUGAAGCCUCUCAGGGAGACUCUGGCUUCGCCGACGCCGCGCAGCCUGAUGGAGCCGAGGACCCGCCGCAGGAAGACGGCGCUGAGGAGACGGAGCAGGAGCCUCGAGGGGACUUAAACACCUCGGAGGCCGGAGGUGAAGCUCCUGCAUCAGAGGAGACGGACGACGAGCAGACGAAGGCCUCGGCUGUUCCCCCCGUGGAGGCCGGGGGAGCCGAGUCCUCGGAGGACGAGGAAGAAAUGGCUGCAGAGAAGUCCAGCCACGCCGAGCCCAUCGGCUCAGAAAUGACAGCUGAGGAGACCAAUGAGAGCCGAGCUCCGCCCUCCGCAGACACUGAUUCUGAGAAUCCAGAAGAUGAGGAGAAGAACGAAGACAAAGAGGUGAGCUCUGAGAAGACUGAAGGCGGCGACAAAGUGGAGACGGAGAUGUCGACCUCCUCCCAGGAUCAGACUGGUGACCCCCCUGUCCCUCAAACCGAGAGAGAGGAAGAGCCGGACAUCAUCACCAACAUCCAGGCCGACGACGGCGAAGCAGCCGAGCAGCAAAGCCGCCAGCCGCCUCCCGACGAGCCCGCCGAGUCCUCCGGAGACUCCAGAACUCCCAAGAAAAAGAAAAAGAAGAACAAAAAGGAUGCCGAGACGCCCACAGAGGAAACGCUGACCACAGAAACGCCCGGAGCUGAUGCCUCCACUGAAGACGCUCUCAGUGACGCUCCUCCCUCCGCCAAGUCUGCCAAAAAGAAAAAGAGAGACAGAAAGAGACACGAUGAGGUGAUAGUGGCAGAGGAAGAAGAUGGUCAGAAGAAAGAGGAGGAGGAAGCACAAGAGGUGGUGGAGGAAGAGGUGUCUCAGGUAGCUACGCCAGAGAAGAAGAAGAAGGCUAAGAAAAGGAAAAGGGAGAGAGACGAGGAGGAAGAGAAGGCGGACGAAACUCCAGCCACGCCACCAGAAACUAAAAUUAAAAAUAAAAAGAAGAAGGUUAAAGAUGUGGUUGAGGAGGAGGAGGAGAAGACUGAGACGGGAGGAGUGGAAGAGGUGAUGGAGGAGAAAAAGAAGAAGAGGAAAAGGAGGAAAAAGGAAAAAUUGCAGUCUGAGAAGUCGCCAGCAGAGGGCGACAAAGACGCAGCGGCGACAGCAGAGGACCCGGCCGCAGCUGUAGAUGGUGAAUCCUCUCUUCUCCUCUCGGCCAAAAAGAAGAACCGUCUCAGGAAGAAACUCAGCUGCAAAAAGAGGUUUAGACUCAAAAGGAAAGACGGACUCAUGAGGAAGACGAAGAAAAAUAACCUCCAGGCACCGGAGGAGCCAAAAAAGAAAAAAAAACAAAAACAAAUCCAGGAUGGAACGGAGGAGAAGCUGCGACCGAAGCCCAACAAAAGACCUCCAGCUGACGGCUUAGCAGAAGAUGAAACACCAAAACGGAAGAAGAAGAAGAAGAACUCGGAGCAGGAAGAGAACUCGUCAAAGGAAAACCAGCCUCCCAAGACCAAGAAGAGCAGCGGGGUGAUCAACCUGAGCGCCGCGCUUCCCGAGGCCGACUCGUCCACGCCUUCAGAGAAAAAGAAGAAGAAGAAAAAGAAAGCGGUUAAAGACGAAGCGAUGGAGGAGAAUGCAGCUCCCGUCAUUGUGAACCAACUUCUACCAGCCAAGAAAACGAAGAAAAACAGAUUAAAGGACACGCUGGAAGAGACGGACCCUGCUGCAGAGGAACACGCUCCAGUGGUUGUUAAAAAGAAGAAGUCUUCCAAAAAGAAGAUUAAUUGAUUUCAUCCAGAUGUCAAGCUGAGGAUGAUCACAUCCCGAAUCUGAAAGCCCAAGAGAAAGUCAGUGCCUUUUUUCCAUUAUUCUGGAACAAGAGGAUUUCUGGGCGAUCGUCAGUGUUUCACUCAUUUACUGUCUUUGUUUUAAAACUGUGAAUAUGACACAGCGCAGCGGCCGCUUGUCCAAACUGAUUCAGUGUUGCUAAACCAGCUCAUUUUUGUGGUGACAUGUUGUUCAGUUUUCCAUUUUGAUGCUCCACCCCUUCAAGAUAUUCUUUUGAGUAUUACUCUAACAAAUAUGCAAAUUAAAGCCACUCUUCAUAGCAAUACCACAUGAACUAUUGGGCGGUAUGCUGCCCCCACGUGGUCAGAAGUGGUAUUGCUUUGUAGAGCGGAUUUAAGGACUAAACUACAAUUAUGAUUUUAAUCUAAAAAAAAAAAAAAAAAAAAUCUCAGAAAGCCAAAGAUUUCCAGCUUCUUGUGAUAAAAUGAAGCACAGAAGUUAAAGCAGGGUAAGAAGAUUGAUAGAAAUGAGCUUUAAGGGAGCAAACAGAGUUUGAGCUUUCAGGUCAGUGUUGAUAUUUACACGUUGUUGAAUUUACUCGUAACCUUUUUUUCUUCCGUUUCACUUCGAGGUAGUUUAGGGACGUAGUCUUCCUGAUGUUUACUGUGACUUUCCAAGCUGUGAAGUUGUCUGUUUUCUGUUCACCGCUAAUUUUAUUAACUAUGCAUCCUGAUGAAGUCCUGUCGGUGGAACGACUCUGGAUGUUUUUGAAACUGCGUACGAUACUACAAAUAUGUAUUGAUUACCGGUAGCUCGUGAUGCUCUUACAGAAUAUUUCUGACCAGUCUACACUCCCCAUCCUGAAGUCUCAUGACGGGUUUCCUUUGACUGUUACAUACAGGAUCGUCUGUGCCAUUACGCAGUUUCAGAAAUGGCCUUCGACUUCAACACGUUUAGCGACAGUCAGACACAGGAAAUGUUUCAGAUUAGAGAUUGUGGUGUUUUCUUUUCUUACUGUGACAGUCUGAAGUAAUUAAACCUGCAGUAUUUUAACUUUGUUUUGAUCCUGAAUCAAAGUUUAGUCGAUAGUUUAAACUCCUGUUCCUUUAAGGACGGAGAAAUAAACCUCUCGUCCCCAGCCGUACAUUUGCAGAUCAGCAUGUUGCAGGCGUUUUCUAAAUUUAGCUGAAUUAUUUACUUAACUUUUGGGCCUAUAUGAAUUAAUAUUACUUAAUUGAUCCCCAUGGGGAUCAACAGGAUAUCACAACUGCACAGAUACAAAUAUUAAAUAUUGCCUUAAAUCCAACCAUUUGCACGGAAGAGUUUAAAGCGUUUUUACUCACCAGUUGCAUCAUCUCUCUCCUGCACCUGCAGGAAGGAGGUCAUUGUUUAAACCUGGAUUCACAUCAUUUUGGUUCUUCACAUUUGCCGUUAGCUGCUAGUACAUUAGCUACACAUUUCCAAAAAUAGAGUAGACACAUUUAGUUAUUAAUUAUUAAGGCUGUUACUACACUUACUGAAAUAUGAAGUAUUAACUGAAUAAAUGGCUCCUAAACUGACAUUAGCAUAAAUUUACCCAAAAAGACAAACUCUCAGUAAGGGGAACUGUGCCUUGCAGGGUCCGUUUACUUUGCGUCUCCAGUCUUUGGUGAAUGUUUUAUUUCUAGGUAAAGCAGCAAGCAGAGUCUGAUUACUGCAUUGAUCCAUAAAUGUUACAGGAGACAAUGUUUUCACCGUUUACUCCUUCGUCAUUAAAACUGUCCAGGAUGUUCCAACAGAUCCUCUGAUUGACAGCUUUUGACCCGAAUCAAAAGUGUCACAUGACCUCAGAGUUGGGGACCACUGCAGGUUAACUGUUAUGCAAACUGUAAAGACUAUUGUUGCUAAAAAUGGUUUUGGGAGUUUUUUUUCCUGUCUCGUCUAAUUUCUGAACGUCUGAACUGUUCCUCUUUCUUCCAUU